GCGUCCUCCCCCUGUCGCUGCUUGCAUGAAUUUGGUUCGUUGACGUCUUCCCUCUCGCACAGUGUGUCUCUGCUCGCCGCGAAUGCGACAACGGUUCUGUGUCGGCUGACCUAACGUUGAUGGCAGACCUGUACCGCAGGCUGCCUUUGCUGCUGCUCGUCGCUCUGCUGUUGCUCAUCGUUGUCGUCUUCCACAUCUGUUUCCUCGGUCGCGUUCCUGGAAGGAAACAGACGCGUCGAACGCCGAAGAGGUCGACGAAGAUGGAUAAGCUUCAGACGAAGACGACGAUGUCGGUGGGAGGUGGGGGGUCCUCGCGUCAGCGUUGCAACAGUGCGGAAGGCGCCAGGCGGCCGUACGACCCGACGCUGUACAGCCACGUGCCGUCCCACAAGAUUCCAUUGCCUCCGAGUGACGACGACGUCGACGACCCCAGAUCCUCAACAGUUCCUCUCGGCAGCGGUUCGACGCAGGAUUGGAUGGGGAGCCAGGUGUACAGACACGCAUCGACGCCGACGUCCACUGAUUUGCUGGAGGGCCGGACCCCCGCUGGUUACGACGCUGGACUCGUCAAUCUGAGCUUCGGUCUGAGGUCUGGGAGUGGCGAGGGCCUGACGCACACUGUUGUCGUGAACCCGGCUUCUGCCUCCAAACACACAUCGCCUUUCGUGAGGGCGGCUGGCCCUGCGGAUAGCCGUGGAUUCGUUUCGCCGAGGCGGGUGGCUUUGAGUACAGCAAGUGUGGCCGCAUCGAGGACGAAGACAACUGGAUUGGCAGGCUGCCGAACGACGACGCCAGGCGGUGCAAUCGACGGAGAAGGGGACGACGACGAGCGCGGCGCUACGGAGGUCGUCGGUCGUCAGUUUUGGGAUGAUGAACGGCAACGAUUGCGUUCCACGAACAUGGCCAGCAUAACGAGAGGGGUGGCGAGAAUCAGUGUGGGGGCCGAAGACGAAUUUGAGGACUGCGAUGGUGGAGGGGGCGAGGAGAUCGCUGCAGACGACGGCGGUGAUGACAACGGCGAAGACGACGACGGCGAGAUGGAGAUUCGUCCAGUAGGGAGGAAGCGCGGAGGGUCGACGGCGAGAACCAAGAUGGGGGUGACGAGUAGGAAGGUCGUCGACUGCGGAAAGAAAUGGGACAACCUGUACCAGCAGUUCAAAUCUGUGCACAAGUUCAUGGGAGAAUCCGGGAAGCCUAAAUUCUUCACACUAACCCCGGGGGAGAGGAGGGAGCGGGGGUUCCACUUUAGGAUGGAUGAGCGCGUGUAUUCGGCGAUGAAGGAGAUGUUCGGGGGCGAUCACACUAUACACCCCAUGAAUCUCGUGGACACGGGUGCGCCGGGAGGUGUUCAAUUGCCUGGCACGGUUGGUGGGCGAAACGAAUCCGGCGGUAGUGAUGUAGGGGGGGGGGGUCAGGACGACGAUCGCGGAUCGACGAGGGAUUCGUCGUUCUCCAGCUGUGGCGAUGGCGGGGCCGACAAACGAAAGAAUGUCAGACACCAGACCUUCGAGGCGAUGGCGGACGUCAUGAAGGAGCACGGGGCGCUGAUGUCGACGAUGGUGGACAGCGCGAGCAAGAGGCACCAAGCGCCGCAGCUGUUUGCAUUCGGCACGCACUUCUUUGUGGACGACAUGGCACUAUGUGGCGCUUCAGGGAAGGCGAAAAGAAACAGCGGAUCGGGCGACGGUGGGGAGACCCAAAAAGGCAGAGGGCACGUGCCGAAGUCGAAAAGGCCGCGCUUCGAUGACGACAGCUCCGAACAUAGUGGGGAUUUGCAUGGCGAGGAAGAGUCAAUGGUGGAUGCACAAGGGGCAGACGUCAUGAAGCGAUUGGGGUUUGGGCAGGACGGGGUGUCGAGGGAGCAGCUGGCCGCUCUGAAGCAAGGCUUGGUCGGUGGUGUCGCCGUCUCGUUGGCACGAACCCCGAAGGCGGUAGGGAUUGUCAUGACGGACGCGCGCGUGACGAGACAAGUUCCGCCAAAGGUCGGGCAGGUGGCGCCACGAUGUCAGGGGGGGGGCAAUGAUGACGACGACCGUCCGGUUUCGGCGAUGGUGAAGAAAGGGGUUAAAGAGGAUGAUCUCGAAGAGAGGUCGAAGUUGUGGAUCGACUGCGACGCAUUCUGGGGUCAGGGACCGGGGAAGCCAUUGAUGGAGGCGGUAGGCGAUUGCACGGACUACUUCGUCGCCAUCGCCAACGGGGAUGCAGGAGCGGAACCGCCUUCGAUGCUGGUAAUGCUGCCGAAUGAUGUGCCACGCUUCAAGAUCGAUGACCAUGCGCAGCGUGAACCGGCUCUGCGCAGAGCGCGCAACGUGGAGAAAGUGGUGUUGCGUGCCAUCCACAGCUGGAUCUUCAAAUCGUCGUCGAGGUCGACAUGCUUCGCUCGUGCAGAAUCGUACGUGAUAGUGGACUUCGCAACAGACGUCGCGCGAGCAGUCUGGCACGCUUUAGAAUGGCCGAAAUUCGUUUCCCCUGCCCUUGUCUACCACACGCUGGCGAUGAAGAUGGACGUGCCUCUGUGGUUCGCUGGAGUGAAGAUUGUGGAUAGGCCCGAAGACGACGACAUGGCGGCGCGGCAGGAGGCGACAGUUCUUCGCCUGGCAGAAUGCUGGACAAAUGCAGUUUGGUGCGGGCAAUGGGCGGACGGUGGCCGCGUGAAACAAGAUAGGUUGACGCGCCUUGCGGAUUGUCUUCGAGUUCUGUUGAGCGCGUGCAUGUGGAUCAUGCGGAUGGGCGGUGACGACGACCGCUCGCACUACGAGGCAUCAUUCUACGCGUCCAUGGUCGCCAAACCAACACUCAUAGCGGUGGGCUCCUACAUCUUCAAUUGGCGGCGGCACAUCGUUGACACCGCCAACCUCGUCUUGGAUCGUUUGGGGAAGGCCCACCUCACGCUGGGAGAUUACCCGCAUUGCAUCCCCGAAUGGGCCGAUUGCGGGUUGGUUUUUGGUCACAAUGCGGUGUCGGUUCGAAUACCCUUACAAGGGUAUCCGCCCUGGUUUUUGCAAGUAACAGGAAGGCUCGAUUAACCCGGAUUUUGAGUGCCCGUGCUGGAAGUGCGAGGGUCGUCAGCGCGCGGGCAAAGGUCUGCCUUGUCCUGGUAGGAAGUAUGUGGGCGCGCAAUUUUAAG